CAAUGUAAAAUCCAAAUUUCAUGCCUAUUCUCCUUUACACUUAACCUACAGGAUAUCCCUAAUAUUAUCCCAUGUACUAUAUGCCAAUUAUGCCAAAUUAUAUGAUACCUCAAUAUCAAAGCUCUUAAGAACCUGAAAUAAAUUAGAUAAUCUCAAAAUCUAGUGAUUAAAGUUCAUUUUCUAAUCAAAAUUUUGAUCCAAACAAUCAAUUAAACUUUUAAUCAAUAAAACAAAAUAAUAAUGAAAUUGCAGUUGAAAAUAAUGAAGAAAUUUAAACUAAUACAGAAUCAAAUAAACCGAAAUAAAAAUCUGGAAAAAAGAAGAUUAAUCUCUUACAAAAAUCUACUAAUAUUUAGAAAAACUAUGCAAAAGCAAUCGUCUCUUAUGCUUGCGGACAGAGAGUUCUAAUAAUAAACACUUUAGGAAAAAAGAAGGGAAUUGAAUUCUUAAAAAUAAUUAAUCAACUCAAAAAUAAGUUAAAAAAUAUUAAUCACAUAAAGAACUAUACUUAGAAAGAAUCAUUCUUAAGCAUGUUCAGAAUAUUGGGGUAAAUUUUUAAUAUUAAUAUUUUUAGUAAUAAAUUCUUGAAAAAUGAAGCCGUUAGUUACAUUUAUCACUCAAAUAUUCAAUAGAAAAGUUGUCAUCUUAAACACUUAAAGAUGAUUGAGCAAAACUUAUUGAAGUGCUGAU